CUCCAGCUAGCCAACAGCUCCGCCUUCCCGCCGGAGCCUGACCCUUCCCAGCGUGCCCGGCGAUUCCGGCGUGCGAGGCCCUUGGAGGGCAAGGCUCCAGGGCCUGGCUUAGGGGCGCGAGAGGCAGGCUGGGAAUUGUAGUUCAAGCGACCACGAGGACGGCUAGAGGGUGGCGGCGGAAAGGACUCGUCGUCCCGGCGUACCCUGCGCCUCAGCCCGCGCGCUCGCAGCUUCUCGCUCUCGCUCGCCCGCCCGCCCGCUGCCUUGCUUGCUCGCGCUUUCGCUCGCGCUCUCCUCGCGGAUCGUGGGGGCUCUGACCACAGCCUGCGGCUGGGGAGGGCGACAGAGGCGGCGGCUCAGGGGAAACGAGGCUGCAGUGGUGGUGGUGGGAAGAUGUCGGGCGAGGACGAGCAGCAGGAGCAAACUAUCGCCGAGGACCUGGUCGUGACCAAGUAUAAGAUGGGGGGCGACAUCGCCAACCGGGUACUUCGGUCUUUGGUGGAAGCAUCCAGCUCAGGUGUGUCCGUGCUGAGCCUGUGUGAGAAGGGUGAUGCCAUGAUCAUGGAAGAGACAGGGAAGAUCUUCAAAAAAGAAAAGGAGAUGAAAAAAGGUAUUGCCUUUCCUACCAGCAUUUCAGUAAAUAACUGUGUGUGUCACUUCUCGCCUUUGAAGAGUGACCAGGACUAUAUUCUCAAGGAAGGUGACUUGGUAAAAAUUGACCUUGGGGUCCAUGUGGAUGGCUUUAUCGCGAAUGUGGCUCACACUUUCGUGGUCGGUGUAGCUCAGGGGACCCAAGUGACAGGGCGGAAAGCAGAUGUCAUUAAGGCAGCUCACCUUUGUGCUGAGGCUGCCCUGCGCCUGGUCAAACCUGGAAAUCAGAACACACAGGUGACAGAAGCUUGGAACAAGGUUGCCCACUCAUUUAACUGCACACCAAUUGAAGGUAUGCUGUCCCACCAACUGAAGCAGCAUGUCAUCGAUGGAGAGAAAACCAUUAUCCAGAAUCCCACAGACCAGCAGAAGAAGGACCAUGAAAAAGCUGAAUUCGAGGUGCACGAAGUAUAUGCUGUGGAUGUCCUCGUCAGCUCAGGAGAGGGCAAGGCCAAGGAUGCAGGACAGAGAACCACCAUUUACAAACGAGACCCAUCUAAACAAUACGGCCUGAAAAUGAAAACCUCACGUGCCUUCUUCAGUGAGGUGGAGAGGCGUUUUGAUGCCAUGCCAUUUACCUUAAGAGCAUUUGAAGAUGAGAAGAAGGCUCGGAUGGGUGUGGUGGAAUGUGCCAAACACGAACUGCUGCAGCCGUUUAAUGUUCUCUAUGAGAAGGAGGGUGAAUUUGUUGCCCAGUUUAAAUUUACAGUUCUGCUCAUGCCCAACGGCCCCAUGAGGAUAACCAGUGGUCCCUUUGAGCCCGACCUCUACAAGUCGGAGCUGGAGGUCCAGGACGCAGAGCUGAAGGCCCUCCUCCAGAGUUCCGCAAGUCGGAAAACCCAGAAAAAGAAGAAAAAGAAGGCCUCCAAGACUGCAGAGAAUGCCACCAGUGGGGAGACGUUAGAAGAAAAUGAGGCUGGGGACUGAGGUGGGUCCCGUACCCCAGCUUGCUGCUCCUGCCUCAUCCCCUUCCCACUGCACCCCGGGCUCUGAAGUGCGGUUCGUCUUCUCCACCCAGGACCGCCAGCAGAGCAGGGUUUCCCUGCCCCACCCCAGCCCCACCCCAGCCCCUUCCAACAACCACCGGCUCCCACUGACUCUGGUCUCGGGAGGCCAGGCUUCCCAGCCGCCGAAGACUACUUUAAAUAGGAAAAAGCAAUUGGAUAAUAAAAUCAGGAGUCAAAAUCCACCGUCUUCAAGCCCCUCUUUCUAGCCUUUUCUACGAUUCUCUGCUUGGUCAAGGUCUGUGGCCCUACAACAGAACAGGGAGGAGGCUAAAUCAGCCGCCACCAUUAUAAACUCAGCCGAGAUUUUUUAUACCACUCCAAUGGCAGCAUUCCCCCAUCUGUUCGGGGCUUUAUUCUCUUUUCCCACUAUCCCUUACUAUUUUGUUUGGCCUCAAAAUUAAGAGGAGCUGUUCUUCAGAUUUUGAUUUACCUGAUGGCAGAUUGCUCAUCAGAUCCAGGCUGUCUCGUCAGGCCCCUCCCAUUUUUAGGGGCCGGAGUCUCCAUUUAUGAAGAGAUUCUUAUCUAAUAAAUGGAUCCUCGUUUGUAAAUUUUUCAGUCAUUUACUUUCUGCAGGAUCUUUUUUUUUUUUUUUCUCCUCCAUUUUCACAAGGCUAUAAAGAAGUAAUCCAUCUCAACCGUGUCCUUUUCUGUGGAGUCAGUGGGAUCUCCCCACUCCAUCUUACACACACCUAAGGUGGAAGCUCAACUGUGGUUUUGUUCCCUGUCUGAAAUAUGUUGACCUCCUUCCCUUGAAAGAAAAAUCAGGAACCAGAGGAGUAGACUGAAGAGACAACUCCUGGCUUUCUGGAGCUUUGGACUUGGAUUGGAUGCAUUGCUCGGGGGUUGUAGAGAAAGGUGACAAAUUUCAGUACCUCUGGCAUGCUGUCCCAGGGAACCAGGGCUCCCACUAACUUAUGAGGUUUUUAAACACCUUGAAAAUGACAUGGAGUUAAAAUAAAUUUGGAUUUGCUCAUAAUGAUGUGCCUUUGUAUGCUGCUGUUACCUGGGGUAGGGUGCAGUUUGCAGGAAUGAUUGGAAUGGUUCUGCUAUAGUGCCAUAGUGUACCUUUUAGAAACAAGGGGGCCAAGCCGGCGCCGUGGCUCAAUAGGCUAAUCCUCCACCUUGCGGCGCCGGCACACCGGGUUCUAGUCCCGGUUGGGGCGCCGGAUUCUGUCCCAGUUGCCCCUCUUCCAGGCCAGCUCUCUGCUAUGGCCAGGGAGUGCAGUGGAGAAUGGCCCAGGUGCUUGGGCCCUGCACCCCAUGGGAGACCAGGAAAAGCACCUGGCUCCUGGCUCCUGCCAUCGGAUCAGCGCGGUGCGCCGGCUGCAGCGGCGGCCAUUGGAGGGUGAAUCAACGGCAAAGGAAGACCUUUCUCUCUCUGUCUCUCUCUCUCACUGUCCACUCUGCCUAUCAAAAAUAAAAAAAUAAAAAAAAAUAAAAAAAAAGAAACAAGGGGGCCUUGUGGAAAACAGAUCCUGGAUUCCCUGAAGUGUAAAUUAUCUAUUGGAGCUUGGUGAUUUAACUUUCUAAACUAGAAACCCUCUGUUUCUAGUUUCUGUAUUUGCCUAAAAGGCAGUUACAGAGGGGGAGUCAGAUCUUCCAUCUGCUGGUUCACUCCUCAAAUGGCCACAAUGGGUGGGGCUGGAACUCCAUCCAGGUCUCCCACAUGAGUGCAGGGGCCCAACUAUUUGGGCCAUCUUCCCUUGCUUUCCCAGGCCAUCAGCAGGAAGCUAGAUCUGAAGGGGAGCAGCUGGGGCUCAAACCACCACCCAAAUGAGAUGCUAGUGCACAGGCAACAGUUUAACCUGCUGUGCCACAGCGCCGGCCACCUUGUUGCCAUCAUUUGUUCACCCAUACUGCAAUAAACAACUGCACAUGCUUAUCUGGAUUCAAAAACCAGGAAGAAGUGCUAGUUUCAGGGCGAGACAGAUCGGGUAGGUCAUUAAGAUGUGGGUGUAUGCCUACAUGUGAGGCACUGCUGCCCUGGACAUAGUUCACUGGAACAAAACAAGUAUAGAAUAAGUAUCUCUCAUAUAACACAUGGAGUAAUUCGCCCUAAAAACUUGAUCUGCCCAUUGAUGCCUCUCCAUUAUACAUCUGUCCAUACCCAUAGCUAAACUAUGGUCUUCCAAGUGAUGACUUGUCAUUAUAUGUGUUUGUUUUUUAUUUAUUUAUUUAUUUGAAAGGCAGAGUUAAUAGGAUACAGAGGCCUUCCCAUCUACUGGAUCACACCCCACAUGGCCACAAUGGGCUGGGCCAGGCCAAAGCUCAGAACUUCAUUUAGGCCUCCCACGUGAGUGAGGCAUCCCCCUGCUUUCCCAGGCACAUUAGGAGGGAGCUGGAUCUGAAGCAGAGCAGCUGGGACUCAAACCAGCGCCUAUAUAGGAUGCCGGCGGCUAUGCCACAGUGCUGGCCCCAGUCCUCAGGUAUUUACAAAUGUAUUUCCGUGGUGGCAAUGCAGAUAAUGUAGGAGGCAGGCAGGGGUGGGGAGGACAGCAACUGUGGGAAAUAACCUGCCUUUUCAGUUUUUGCUAUAACCUAAGUGUUCUUAGAAAAUAGCUUCUUGGGGGCUGGUGUUAUAGCUAGUAAAGCCACCUGCAAUGGCAAUAUCCCUAUAUGGCGUUUGUUUAUUUGAAAGGCAGAGUGACAGCAAGAUAGGGAAAGAGGCCUUCCAUCUGCUGAAUCACUCCCCAAAUGGCCACAGUGGCCAGGGCUGGGCCACAGCCAGGAGCUUUUCCCACAUGGGUGGCAGGGGCUCAGGCACUUGGGCCAACCUCCGCCGCCUUCCCAGACAUGUUAGCAGAGAGCUGGAUUGGAAGCAGACCUGGGUACUUAUACAGGAUACUGUUGUCGAAGGUGGCAGCUUAACCCACUGCACCACAACACCAACCCCACCCUCAAAUCGACUUUUUGGGAAUUAACAGUUGAAAUUCUGGUGGUCUUGUUAUAAUUCUGCAAGGCUUGUUUGCUUUUGUUUGGUUGGUUUUUAAGGAUUUAUCAGGGUAGGCAUUGUGGCACAGCAGGUUAAGGUGCAGCUUGGGACACUCGGAUCCCACGUUGGAGUCCCAAUGACUGCUUUCAAUCCAGCUUUCUGCUAAUGCACCUGGCAGGCAGCAGUGAUGGCCCAAGUACGUGGUUCCUGGCACCCACGUGGGAGACCUGGAUGUAGUGCCUGGCUCUUGGUUUCACCUGGCCCAGCUCUGGCUGUUGUGGGCAUCUGGGAAGUGAAGCAGCAGAUGGAAGAUGUUUUUCCCUUUCUCAUUGUGCCUUUCAGAUAAAUCUAAAAAAAUAGAUUUUUUUGGUCAUAUUCUCACAGUGGCAAUGUUAGAACUACUUAAACAUUUGGAACUAGGACCCUAGACUUUUUUUCUUUCAACAGAUUUAUUUAUCUUGUAUAUAUACCAAGUAGCAAGAUUGCUGGACUUAUGACAGUUCUAUUUUUGCAGACCCUUCAUGCCACUUUCCACAGCUGCUGUACUAACUUACCAUUCCCACCAGCAAUGUAAAAGGGUUCCUUUGUUUACCCCCCAUAAACCUUUUAUUUAAGGAACACAAACUUCAUAUAUUUCAUAAUUACAACUUUAGGAACAUGGUGGUUCUUCCCACCGUACCUGCUCUGCCACCCACACUCUCACCCCUGUUCCUCCUCCCUCUCCUAUUCCCAUUCUUAUUUUUUACUAACAUCUAUUUUCUAUUAACUUUAUACACAUAUGACUAUGUUAGGAGUUCAACAAAUAGUAUGGAAAAAAAACUUCCACAACAGUCAAGACAAGGGCUGUUCAAAGUUAUUGCUUCUCAAAGUGUCAGUUUCACUUUACUAUAGAUUGCCUUUUAGGUGUUCUGUUAUCACAGGUCAGAGAGAACAUACGGUAUUUGGGACCCUAAAUUUUUAAAAUCUUGUUUUAUAGUAAAGUGCAAUAUUAGUUAUAGAGAAUCCAUCAUAUCCAAGAAGGGACUGUACCAAAAAAUCUUCACAGUGUUUUAAAACAACAUGAAGUCUGCAUGGUUGUUCCUUUUACGCUUUAGUGACAUUUCCUGGGGCCAAAUCUUUGGGGAUGUUUGUUUUCUGGUGCUUCUCAGCUGACUGUACCAAAACACUGGUGAGAAGUUCUUUUCCUUAACGCUAUCACGCCUGCCUGGAGAAGACGUAGCUGGUCUUUCUCCCCACUGCCCACGGUUAGAUGAGCACUCCUAGCUAGGGACAGACGGCGCGUGUGACUGGGAGUCUCUAGUGACGUGGGGAACACCAUACUGCGGUUAUUGUAUAUUUUUUUUAAGAUUUAUUUAUUUGAAAGUCAGAGUUACACAGAGAGGGUUAUUUUCUCAAGAGUUCUGAGGGAAAGGGACGGGGAUCUUUUUUGUAGUACGAUAGCCUCUCCGAUUACCCUCUUCCUAUCCCUUCCACGCGGUAGAGUCUUACGGCCUUCGGACGUUCCAAGACCGAAUCUCCUUGCGGUAGUUUAACUUAAAUAAGGCAAGGCGGCAAGAGAAAUUAGGAGUUUAUUUCUACAGUCCGUACCUAUCCGGAAUAAAAUGGAGGACUUCGUCAACAAACUUCAACUCCCAAGAAGCGAUGCGAGGGAAAGCGGAAGUUGCUGCCCGUUUCCCAUCUGCACCGCUCGGAGCUCCGUUGGAAACAGAGACCUCCGCGCCAUGAGAGCCAAGUGGAGGAAGAAGCGAAUGCGCAGGCUGAAGCGCAAAAGAAGAAAGAUGAGACAGAGGUCCAAGUAGACGCUGGCUGUGUGCGCGUGAGGCCGGGGGCAGGAGGAGGAAUGCCCGUCCCGGGACGCCGGUGCAGCUGUUGGACUGCGAGCCGCUGCGUCCGGAUCGCUGCGAACACCUGGGAGACCGCUCCGCUGACACCGAAACGGCCCCGGAGGCCGCCCUGGGCCGGGCAUUCUGGACUAAUCCUGUUCUGUUGUGGCCGAGUGUAACGCGCGUACAAUAAAAAGCCUCUGCUGUCCUAGCCGAAGAACCAAA